AUGUUUAUCCUUGUAACUUGUUUAUGUCACUUUAACAAUGAUGUGAGCUCAUUUAUCAAAUCAUAUGAUGAAGUCUUUAACUUUGGUAAAAAAUCAGAUAUAAGAAAUUAUCGAUCACUGGCAACAUAUAAACAGGAUAAAUAUUCAAAUAAUAUAUAUUUAAAAGAAGAGAUUCCGUAUAAUUGAAUGAAUAAACAAAGAUAUAUAUGUAAUAAUGAUAAAUAUACUCAUGGAAAAAAUAAACAAUUAAAUAGAAAUUCGUUAAAUAAGGGGGGAUUAUAUAUAGAAGUUGUGGAUUAUAAUAAUGGGAUGUUUCAUGGAAAACAUUUCCAUUUUGAAAAAAAAUGGAUUAAAAAGUAAGAUUAUGAUAAUAUUCAUGAAGGUAAUAGGAGAAUUCUUGAUAUUGGUUUAAAAAAAAAAAAAUUUAGAAGUUACGGAUUUGGAGUUGCCAUAUUUUUAAUUUUUAUCUUCUUGGGAAUAGGUAUACCAAUGCUACAAGGAAUAAAGCCUUUAAGUGAAGCAUGGAACAAUAUUACAAUAGUUUCACAUCCAAUCCAGCAUGCUUUGAAAAAAAUUAUUGAGUUCUGGCAAAAGAGUAGA